AUCUCAGGUUACAUUGGCAGGACUCACUAUGAGCACGCUGGCAGUGUACAGGAACAUCUACACGGAAGAGCAGUUUCAGAAGGUGUAUGGCACAGCUAACACAGACCUGGAGAGGCCUCAGCUCACUCUAAGGGACAAAGUAGCCAGGCGCUGUAAAUGUUCAUCUCACACUCUCCAUACUUUACUCAAACAUAGAAUCCCUAUUUUUGGGUGGCUACCCAGGUACAAACUGAAGAAAUGGAUUCUGGGAGACCUCAUUGCAGGCUUGACGGUAGGCAUAGUCCAUAUCCCACAAGGAAUGGCAUUUGCACUGCUGACAUCAGUAGCUCCAGUUUAUGGACUCUAUACAUCUUUCUUUCCUGUUGUGCUGUACAUGCUGCUAGGGACCGGACAUCAUGUUUCUACAGGUACUUUUGCUGUGCUGAGUCUAAUGACUGGCUCAGUGAUUGAUGAGCAUCUUGUCCAGAACCCGAUGGACAGAAACCUCUCCAGUGAGGAGCAAUCAGAAGUGGAUGGUCAGAGAAUAGGGAUGGCCGCUGCUAUCGCCUUCCUCAUGGGGCUUAUGAUGGUUUUCAUGUUUGUUCUGCAGCUGGGCUUCCUGUCCACGUACUUGUCUGAUCCAAUAGUAAAAGCUUUCACCAGUGCUGCUGCUUUCCAUGUGACCAUUUCUCAGAUCCAGAAUAUGAUGGGGCUGCCACUCCCACGUCACACCGGAUCCUUCACCAUAUUCAAGACACUGGCAUCAGUUUUCAGGGCUGUGCAUAUGACGAAUGUAGCAGAAUUGAUUAUAUCCAUGCUCUGCUUAGUAGUGCUUAUUCCAAUUAAGGAGCUUAAUGCCCGCUUCCGAACAAAGCUGAGGACACCUAUACCUGGAGAAAUCAUUAUGGUCCUAGUAGCUACUGGAAUAACUUUUGCUUCUUCCUUGGACAACCGAUAUAAUGUACAAAUAGUUGGGAGCAUACCAGCAGGUUUCCCAGCUCCUAAACUCCCUUCACUGAAUGUCAUUCCUGAUGUGAUCGGAGACACUAUUGCUAUCACAUUUGUGGGCUAUGCUGUGUCCGUGUCGCUUGCUAUGAUAUAUGCAGAGAAACACAGAUAUAGCAUUGAUCCUAACCAGGAACUUUUGGCUCAUGGAAUAUCCAACAUUGUCUCGUCUCUAUUUAACUGUUUCCCCAGCUCUGCUACUUUGGCUACAACAAACAUUCUUGAAAGUGCCGGAGCUCAUACCCAGCUUUCAGGGUUCUUCACCAGCAGUGUGGUACUAGUCGUUCUGAUUUGGGUUGGUCCGCUAUUUAACUACUUACCAAAGGCAGUGUUGGCAUGCAUAAAUGUUGUAAGCCUCAGACAGAUGUUCCUACAGUUUCAGGAGCUUCCAGAAUUAUGGCGAAUAAGCAAAACUGAUUUUUCUGUCUGGGUGGUCACAUGGCUGGCGGUAGUCAUCCUCAAUGUGGAAAUGGGCCUGGCUGUGGGUGUAGUUUUCUCUAUGAUGACUGUGGUUUGCCGGACACAAAGAGCACAAUGUUCCGUUCUGGGAAGAGCUAUCAACACCGAAAUAUACAGACCGGUUCAACAACAUGAUAAGUGCUAUGAAAUCCCAGGAGUGAAGAUCCUGUCCUAUAACUCUCCAAUUUACUACAGCAACAAGGACAUCUUUAAGGAAACAAUGAGCAGGAUCGUGGGGUUGACUCAGGAAAACAUACGGAAGAGAGAAAAAGCCCUUAAAGCCAUGGAACAAGGCAGGAAAAUGAGUAUCACAGUUGUGGACACAGGAAUAGCAAAUCCAGUUUAUCAUGCAGACGAGUGCAACAUAACAACAAAAGAAGACACUGAAAUCAAGUCACUUAUUAUUGACUGCAGUGGAGUGAUAUUUAUUGACAUUACUGGUGCUCGUCUGUUUAUACAGAUGUGUGUAAAAUGUCAGAAAGCUGGGAUGCUUCUACUUCUUGCUGGAUGUAAUGCUAAAGUGCUUAGAACCUUGGUGUCCAUUGGAAUCAUGGAUCAUCUGAGUAAUCAGCAAGUGUUUGUGACUGUGCAUGAUGCUGCAUCUUAUGCUGAGCAAAAUAUGGACACCCUGACAAGUAAAAGCCCCAUGGUGUGGGUGUAAGAAUCUAAUUUGCUGGGAGUCUGGAAAGACGAAACACAAGCUUUUACUCUGGAUGGAAAGUCAGACCUGGAGAUACAGAGCAGGGUUUGGGUUUAAGCCCGUUAAGUACUGUGAGAUGCCAUUCGAAGCCUUGAAGGAAUUGGAUGGGAUAAAAAGCAGAACUGCGUAUUACACAUAUAAGCCCAUAUAGGGUAAAUCGCUGACUGUGUAAUAAAAUUAGGGAUUAUUUGCUGACUGAUUCAGCAAGAAUAGAUCAUAGGCAUAUCUCAGACUACUGCCUGAUUUAUUUAAAUUAGUAUGCAAAGAUGUCAGUGAUUAUCAUCACUGACAAAUGUUUCAUAAUCCAUCAUAUGAAUAACCAUCCAUUAGGUGUAUUGUUAUAGACUUAGGGCCUAACUUAUGUUUGUAUGCAUUGCCGAUGUUCACGCAACUGAGCGAUUAUCAGCAAACCACGCCUAUGCUGCCAUCGCACUGCGUGAGUGCCAAGGUACCUUGGCAAUGCCACUUGCAGUUAGAUUUUUAAAACAAAGUGAUUGACAGGAAGUGAAUGUUUGGGGGAGGUAACUGGGAGUGGCAGCAGAAACUCAUACAUGUUAUGGCUGCUUUCAGGGCAUGUAUCUGACUUCAGCUGUGGUUAUGUAUGUAGAGAAACAUGGUGUCAGCAUCACUCCGGCUACGUCGAUGUUCCUCGUUAUUGCGUUGGUUCGUCGUAUGGGUACGCAGUUGCUGAGGACUUUGUGAUGGCUCCGGAGGAUGUCUGUAUUCUAUUAUAGAAUAUAUAUUCUAUGUUCGCAGCUGCAUAGGCAUGUGCAUACAAACAGAAUUAGGCAUUUCAGUUGACACUUUGCUGCUGGACAUGUUAUCUAUUCACAUCACUUGCGGUGCAAUAUACAACCAUUGAUUUGAAAUUAUAAUUUAUUUUGCCUGGUUAUUUUGUCUGAUUUUCAAUUGGAGAUGCCAUACUGUAUUCUAAGUCAAGCUAAAAAUAAAUAUCUGUAGAUUUCAGUAGCUAUAAA